AGAGAGAUAAGUUUUCUUUUCCUUUGAGGUAUGUUUAUUUGUAUAUUUAUGGUAUAUUUUUACAUAUGGUGCGCUUCUUCAUCAUCAUCAUCUCAAUACCUUUGGAUUGAUAUUUGUUUUGGUAAUGUUUGUGUCGAAUAAGCAAAGCAGAUCCAGAGAAGAUGUCUUCAUCGUACUCUCAGUCUAUCCCCCUCAUCGCCACCGGAGCAAACAACUUUAACCAAAAAGAGAUGGAGAUGACGAUGACUCAAAAAUGUAACACCUUUGUUUCACCAUCACUCAGAAAACAAAGAAACCAACCUGGAAACCGAAAUCCAGAUGCUGAAGUGAUAGCGUUAUCUCCAAAGACGAUCAUGGCGACGAACAGAUUCCUAUGUGAAGUGUGCAACAGAGGAUUUAACCGGGAACAGAAUCUACAGCUUCACGGGAGAGUACACAACCUUCCAUGGAAGCCGAAACAAAAGUCGGAAAAAGAAGCGAGGAGGAAGGUAUACAUUUGUCCGGAGCCCACGUGCGUCCACCAUGACCCGUCACAUGCUCUCCGAGACUUCACAGCAAUCAAGAAGCAUUAUUACCGGAAGCACGGUGAGAAGCAGUGGAAAUGCGACAAAUGUCCUAAGAGUUAUGCUCUUCAAUCUGAUUGGAAAACUCACUCUAAGAUUUGUGGUAUCAAAGUGCAUCGAUGUGACUGUGGUACCACCUUUUCUAGAAGAGAAAAUUACAAUGCCCACAAGGCAUUGUGUGAUGCAUUAAAUCAAGAGUCAGGAAGAAAUCCUACUGGGAGCAUCACGAAUAUGGCAGCAGCCGCUGGUGGAAGUGAUGGAAGACAAGACUUUUACGGCGGUGCUGCUUCUGCUCUUGGCAGACUACAAGACUUUUACGCCUGUGCUGCUUCUGCUCUUGGCAGGCAAGACUUUUACGGCGGUGCUGCUUCUGCUCUUGGCAGACAUGGUUUUUACCGCGGUGCUGCUUCUGCUCUCUCGCAUAACCAAUUCGGUAACAACUCAAACACUGGUUACAAUCUGAACCGUUCAUCUUCCAAUAAGUUUGAAGGCUUCGUUCCUCACCCCACCAACCCUAAUCCCGGCCCAACCAAUUUCCCCAUGCAAUGCCCUUCGAACCAAGCAUCGUUGGUGCACAACGAUCAGAGUCUCAGGAGCCAGCAUGAUUUGAUUAGCCUCGGUGCUAGGAUCAACAAUAACAACAACAACACUAACCAUGGAUAUUUUCAGAACAACACCAAGACCUCUAAUCAGACUCUUUUCGCCCAUGGUGCUGACAUCAACGAUCCUUCUGUUUGGCAAAGAGGAUUAACUCCUUCAUCUUCGUCAGGUGUGGUCGUUAAUGGCUUUGGAGAUAAUGAUAAGGGAAACCUUCAGGGUUGGAUGAACUCUCUUGCUAUGACAACAAAUCAACAAGGCUGGUCCGCUAGUAACAUUUUCGGCCCUCAUUUCGGGAACAACCUUAGCAUGGGAGGCUCUGAUGUGUUGACUCUUGGUGUUAACGGAGGAAGUGUGAGCAAAGGUCGUGGUGAUCGUAAUCCAGCACCUUUGGACACUCAGAUGAAGUUUGCGUAUCCGAAUCGUCCAUUUGGAAACCCCUGAGAUGAGAUUUUAUGUGAAUAUAUUUUGUUGGCUUUCAUUGGAGACAUUAUUUUUAAGUUUUUUUGGUUUGCUUUUGUCAACUAUUGCAGUGGAUAAGUAUCUUCUCUUUAGUAAGGAUUUAAGUUGGGGAUUUUCAGUUAAUUUCGUCAAGUUGUUUUUAAUUUUAAUGUUGUCAUGUCUCGAAGUGAGGUUCUUUAUGGAUUCUUAACUGUGGAUGUGGGUUUAAGACUGGACAUAAUUUCCAGAUCCAAAAUCCAUACCAGAGAUUUGAUCUAAAAUACCCAAAAUUUUCCUGAUCCUAUCUAUUAAAAUAUUCGAAUGAGUAUUGACUUAGAGGAUAUUAAAUAUCUUAACAUGAUAAGAUAAUACUUGAUAUCCGAAAUUAAUUCGAACAUAUCUGAAAUGAUAUAAGAUGUUAUCAUAAACAUAUUUCCUUAAAUUUAAACAUGUUGACAUAUUUGUGUUUUUGGUUAUUUGAAGUUCAAUUUGUAUUUGGUUUUUUAAAUUUUCCUUUGAAUUUACACGUCGCAAAAAAAUCCAGACCUACUGCCUCUACCAAUCAAACCCAAAAUGAGAUGAGAAAAUUAAAGAUAUAAUAAUAUAUGUAUUCUGAAUAUUUAAUACCAAACUAGGUGACCGGUCCGCACCCUGUGCGGACAUAACAAAAUUCAAAAUAUAGAAUAAAUAGUGUAUAGUUUUAGAAGUAACGGAUUUUACAUAUUAAUACCACCGUCUUUGCGAAAAAGCAUCAGUCAUGGAGAAAAGCUAGUACUCAAUAUUUGACAUGGACGAGAGGGAACAAAAUAACUUCAGUAUCAAGAGGCAGUUAUUGUGUAUAUGUAUAAUUGCAACGUCCCAAAAUAAUUUGUGUGUUUAAGAAGAAAAUUUCAAAGAGGAAUUUUAUAUUGUAAUAAGGUAAGUCAUUACAAACGAAUUAAGAAUUUAGAAACAUUAAGGUGAAAUGGCAUUUAAAAUUUCAAUAAAUGUGAUAAUAACUUGGGCAAGAAAUGUUUAAAAUAAAUAAGGUAACUUACAUUUAAACUAUUCAUAAGUUACUUUGCAACUUGCUCAUGUCAAAUCAGAAAACAACAUGUACAAUAGGAAAAGAGCUGAAGAAAAAAAAAAUGAUGAUAUACCUCAACUUUCCAAAGAACAUAUAGAACCUCUUAUUAUAAUUUAAAACAUAUGAUAAGCCAAUAUAAAUAAUUUUAUAAAUUUAUUUAUAAUUUAAUAAAUGAUUUAUAAAGCAUGCAUGGAAUUUAUUAGCCAUUAAUAGUUAUUAUGAUACUUUAUAUACGAAUAUAAGGCUUUCUAUACGUAUAUAAAAUUAUUAUAUCAAUUAAAAUAAACAUUUUUUUCUUAUUUUAUGUAAUUUAUAAAUAUAUAAAAAAAUUGAUCACAUUAUUACUCUUUCAUAGUUUCAACAAUUAAUUACCAUA